AUGACACAAGCAACAGUAAAUGUCGGCAAUAGUGCCGUCAAAAAUCUCAAUCCCAAUGCUCAACAAUUUUCGUCGCGCGAUUUUAACCAUGGAACAGUACUAGCCGGAUCAACGGCACCCAGUGAUGAUUCGUACACAGACUAUCUUGAUAAUGGCACGGGAUCUUAUCUUCGGCAACAUCAAUCUCAAAUUUUUCCGAUCGAUCCAUCAUCAAUCGAUACUCUUCAACAACAACAGCAACAACAUCAACAAUCAGAAUCAAAUUUUGCCGUACAUGAACAUGCGGCUAUGCUUGAAACAAUUGAUCAUCAACAAACACCACUUUUAAAUCCAAAUCAUUUGCAUCAUCCUCAACAACAUAUAAAUCAGACAAUGCCAGAUGAAGAACAAACUCAUCAAAUACAACCAGCAUCGGAACAAUUACGUCAACAUUUAAGAAAACAACUUGAAUAUUAUUUCUCGAGAGAGAAUAUGAUUCAUGAUACAUAUUUACAAUCACAAAUGGAUGCUGAUGAUUAUGUACCAAUAGCUAUAAUUGCAAAUUUCAAACUUGUUAAACGUCUAACAAAUGAUUUACAAUUAAUUGUUGAUGUUCUUAAAGAAUUGCCAUCUGUUGAAGUUGAUGCUGAAGAAAAAAAAGUUCGUUCAGCUGAGGAAAAAAAAUAUCGUUUAACACGUAAACGUUGUAUUAUUAUUUUACGUGAUGUACCAUUAGACGCGACUGAACUAGAAGUAUCAGAUUUAUUUUUAAAUGAACAUUGUCCUGUACCAGCAGUUGCUUGUGAAAGAGUUUUAGAAUCAGGUAAUUCAGAUUGUUGGUAUGUUACAUUUAAUAGUGAAGAUGAUGCACAAAAUGCAUUUUUAUAUCUAACACGAGAAAAUGUUUCAAUACGUGGUCAAAAAGUUUUGGCUCGAAUGAAAACACGCCUAUGGCAGAAACCAUCAUCUGUACCAAGUACAAAUCCAACAACACCUAUAUCACCACCAAUAACAACAAAUAAUGGUGGUGCAACAAGUCCACCACCACAACAACAACCUAUGCAAACAUAUCAAACUUCAACAUUUGUUCCACAACAGCAAGCUCCACCUCCACCACUUCAAUAUUCAUCACAUCCACAGCAACAACAAUUUAAUCAACAACAAAUUCCACCGCCACAACAACAACAACAACAUCCUUCUGUUUAUAUGCAAACAACAGCUAAUACUCAUCCAAAUCAAACAUCAAUUCUUGGAAAUAUUCAAUCACAAACAAAUAAUUAUCGUCAUCAAAUACAUUCAUCUGUUGGUCCACCACCACAACAUGUUGCUGCUCAAUUUUCUACAGCAAAUCAAACACAACAUCCAACAUCAAUUGAUCAUGCACAAGUAAUACAACAAUUACGUAUGAAUUAUCAAAAUUAUGGUGCUAAUGCACCAUUUGAUCGUACUACAUGGACAACAGCACAUCCACAAAGUGUACAAACAACACAACCAACACUUUCAUUUGCUACAACAGCUCAACAAGCAAAUAUGGCUUCAUAUACAGCAUCACUUCAUCAACAACCACAAUUUAUUACUGCAAAUCAUCCUGUAUUUCCAGGAAAUUUAUGGUAUAUGUCGUCUAGUUAUCAAACAGCUGAGGCCUAUCCAACAAUGGCUUAUAACGGUGCCAAUAAACAAAAAACUCGAAUGACACGUGAAUAUCCACUAGCACCUAAAACACGCAAUUCAACGAAACCACCAGGUACUCGUAGUUCUCGUCAUGAAGGACUUCAAAUGAAUAAUGAACAUUCAAAUGAAUUACUUGAUUAUUGUCAACACAGUACUCCACAUUCCGAAGAUAGUAGUUCACCAGUUCCUCGUGCCGAAGCAGUCAUUAAUCGUACUAAUGAACCAAUAGCCCAGCCAGUAUCAAAUACAUCAAUACAACACGUUCAAGCAUAUCCUACCAGUACAAUCGAUACAUCUGCUAAUGAAACUAUUGAUCAUUAUCAUCAUCAAUCAACUAAUGAUGUUUUAUAUACUAAUACGAACAGUCAUGUGUCACAACAAGGAUCAUCUGAUAUAAAUCCAUCUCAAGAACAAACAAGUGAUUCACAAAAUUUAGGCAAUUUUUCAAUUCAAUCUUCUUAUCCAACAUCAACAACAAUUGAAAAUUCGAAUUUAAAUUAUCAACCAUUAGAACAACGAAAACCGCCAAUAACUAAUCAAGACCAACAACAACAUCCUCAAAUAAAUGAAAAUCAACAACAACAACAACAGCAAUCAAAUAAAAAAGUAAAUCAACAGCAAGCAUCAAUCCGUCCAUUAAUGUCACGUGAAAAUCGAUCAACACAAAAUUCCAAUCGUCCAUCAUCAUCACAACAAGGACGAUCUCAACAACAACAACAAACACGAAUUAAUCCAAAUUCAUCAACACCAUUAAGUGUCACUAUUCCUAAAGUAUCAUCAGCAACGUAUUACAAUCAAACAUCAUCAUCAUCACCACAAUCACCUAAUUCAAAUCAAAAAAAUCAACAACAACAACAACAACAACAACAACAACAACAGCAACAAUCUAAUGAUAAUAAUGGUCCACGUACAUAUGCUGAUAUGCUUAAAAGUAAACAAAAUCCCCAACAACAACUAUCAACAGAAUCAACAAAAUCUCCAACAAAUGAAACAAAUGAUAUAGCAUCACCACGUGCUCAAUCACCAACAACUAAUACGAAUUCAAAAACUGAUUCCGUUUCGAUUAAUACAGAAACUAAUGGUCCAUUAUCACCAUCAUCAUCUGAUAUAUCACCAUCGAAUCAAACUGAACCACCCAUAAUUUCUCAAUCAUCCGCAAUAAAUGAUUCUUCAAAUUCUAUUCGUCGUAAUAGUUCAGCGUCCGAUCAUCCUCAACAACAGCAACAACAGCAACAACAGCAGCAACAACAACAACAGCAACAACAUACAUCGUCACCAUCACAUCAACAGUAUAAUAACUCACGCGGUCGUGGUCGCGGAGGAAACUAUCGUUACCCACAUGAACGUCGUUCGGGUUCAAGUAAUAGUUUAAAUCGUGGCGGCAGCGGCGGUGGUGUUAGUCGUGGUGGAGGACGUCGUACAGUAAAUAAUAAUGCUGGUCCACCAACGUAUCAAUCGCGCGGUAGUGGUGGACGUGGUAGUGGAAGAUUUUUUGAUCGGUCACGAGGAGGAGGUGGUAACUAUCACAAUAGUAAUCAAACGGUGCAUCGUUUCACCGGCAACACAGGCAAUGUUGAAUCACAGGUUCACUAUGCCGAAUAG